CCUGAAAAGGGCUACUUUAUUCAGCCGACAGUUUUUGCGGACGUUACCGAUGAGAUGCGCAUCGCUCGUGAGGAGAUUUUUGGUCCAGUGCAACAGAUUUUAAAGUACAGCACUCUGGAGGAGGCGAUUGAACGGGCGAACAACACCAAAUACGGCCUGGCUGCGGGCAUCCUCACCAAUGACAUCAACGAGGCGCUGAAGUUCAGUAAUGAAAUACAGGCAGGAACGGUUUGGGUUAAUACCUACAUGCAAACCUCAAUGACGAAUCCGUUUGGUGGCGUCAAGGAGAGCGGAAUCGGCAGGGAAAUGGGAGAGGAUGGAAUGACCGCGUACUGCGAAAUCAAAACGGUCACCAUCAAGCUCAACUAG